AUGCAAGUAGAAAGAGAAUCCAGAGUUCAAUUGGAGAACUUAUCGGAGAUUAAGAAGAAACUAUGGAAUGGGUCAAUUAAUGUCAAAAUUAUUCUCGAAUUGCCAACAGAAAACAAGAACUUAGAGUAUCUCCUAUUUAUUCAUAGAAAUUCAUACUUCCCAAUUGUAUUCCCCGAAAUAAUUAGAUAUUUCAAGAAUUUCACAAACAUCGACCUAUCGAACAUUCCCGUUUGGUUAGAAUACGAACAGGUUCCGAUAAAAUGGAAUUUACCUGUCGGUGUUUUGUACGAUUAUUUAUAUUUACCAGCCCGUGAAAAUAUAGACAGCUGGACAUUAACCAUGAAAUACGACGAUGACUAUCCUAUAGAGCACGUAAUCCCGUUUAAUGAACUACUUCCUAAUGGAGAAGUUGACUAUUUAAAGACAUUGCAUCAGGUAUUAACCAACCAAUUGAAACAGUCUUGUUUUGUGAUUAAUGGAACUGCAAAACCAAUCAUGCAAUUGAGCGAAGACAAUUCCAAACUUUUAUGGAAAUCUAUACUAUCAAGAAAUUUAACUAAUUUUGCUUCUAUAAAUAGAAAGAUCAUAAAAUCAAUUGACAAAAUACCCGUCAAGAUCUAUAUUGCUGGUUCACCAACAGUUAUCCAAGUGCCAAUAUCAAAAUCACAAACACUUGGUGAGAUAUUAGACUUACACGCGGCAAAUUUGGCCAAGUUGGCACAUCCGUUUAUCCAAGGAAUAGACGCUACUCCGUUGGUAAAUGAAUCACUUCAGGAGAUCUGGAAAUUGUUCAAACAUCUAGAUAAUAUUCUAUAUAUUACAUUAAUUAUCCUUUAA